GGGCCCCCCACCGCGCGGCUCGGCGCCCCCAAAGCUGGGUGCCUUGGGCAGGUUCCUUGGCCGGUCCUGUGCAGAGGUCUCCCCGGCUGCCAAUGCCCGAAACGCGCAGGUCUCACAUGAAAACGGGCUUUACCCGCUGUGGAAACGCAAAGCCAGGACCACGCUGGCUUCCCUGUGGGGCAGCCGCCGCCUGUGCCCGAGGUGGCACGAGUCGUUUCAUCUGCGGGGCAGCUUGCUGGACACGUGUCAUCUCAAAACACAGGUGCUCGGCCUACGACUCGCAGCUGCGCCAGAAAGUGGCGGUGAAGAAGCUGUCGCGCCCCUUCCAGUCUCUGGUCCACGCGCGGAGGACGUACCGCGAGCUCCGGCUGCUCCGGCACCUCAAGCACGAGAACGUCAUCGGGCUGCUGGACGUCUUCACGCCGGCCACCUCCAUUGAGGACUUCAGCGAAGUGUACAUCCACUCAGCCGGAAUCAUCCACCGGGACCUGAAGCCCAGCAACGUGGCGGUCAACGAGGACUGCGAGCUGCGGAUCCUGGACUUCGGGCUGGCCAGGCAGGCCGACGAGGAGAUGACUGGCUAUGUGGCCACCCGCUGGUACCGGGCGCCCGAGAUCAUGCUCAACUGGAUGCACUACAACCAGACAGUGGACAUCUGGUCCGUGGGCUGCAUCAUGGCCGAGCUGCUCCAGGGAAAGGCGCUCUUCCCCGGAAGCGACUACAUCGACCAGCUGAAGCGCAUCAUGGAGGUGGUGGGCACCCCCGGCCCCGAGGCCCUGGCCAAGAUCUCCUCGGAGCACGCCCGGACCUACGUCCAGUCCCUGCCCCCCAUGCCCCAGAAGGACCUCAGGAGCCUCUUCCGUGGAGCGAACCCCCUGGCUGUGGACCUCCUGGGGAGGAUGCUGGUGCUGGACAGUGACCAGAGGGUCAGCGCGGCCGAGGCCCUGGCCCACGCCUACUUCAGCCAGUACCACGACCCCGACGACGAGCCGGAGGCCGAGCCCUACGACGAGAGCGUGGAGGCUGGCGGGGUCCCGCCCGGGGGCGCCGUGUGCCCUACGGCCCUGCGGGCACCACGCUGGGGCAGGGCCCGCGCAGAGCGGAAGCCUGGUGUCCGCUGGGGUGUGGGAGGCCCUGGGGCACAGCACCUGGGGGUGCUGCGGGGGGCGGCCCGCCGAGCAGCUGCAGCCUGUGGUCAGCCCCUGCUGCCUGCCCGGAGCCGAGCUGGCCUUCAGUCCUCGCGGUCCCUGCUGGUGGGCUCGCCGCCGCCCGCCCGCCGGGGCUUCUACCGCCAGGAGGUGACCAAGACGUCCUGGGAGGUGCGCGCCGUGUACCAGGACCUGCAGCCCGUGGGCUCGGGCGCUUACGGCGCCGUGUGCUCGGCCGUGGACAGCCGCACCGGCGCCAAGGUGGCCAUCAAGAAGCUGUACCGCCCCUUCCAGUCGGAGCUGUUCGCCAAGCGCGCCUACCGUGAGCUGCGCCUCCUCAAGCACAUGCGCCACGAGAACGUGAUCGGGCUGCUGGAUGUCUUCACUCCGGACGAGAGCCUGGACGACUUCACAGACUUCUACCUGGUGAUGCCCUUCAUGGGCACUGACCUGGGCAAACUCAUGAAGCAUGAGCGGCUGAGUGAGGACCGUGUCCAGUUCCUCGUGUUCCAGAUGCUGAAGGGGCUGAAGUACAUCCAUGCAGCUGGCGUCGUGCACAGGGACCUGAAGCCGGGCAACCUGGCGGUGAACGAGGACUGCGAGCUGAAGAUCCUGGACUUCGGCCUGGCCCGGCAGGCGGACAGUGAGAUGACCGGGUAUGUGGUCACCCGCUGGUACCGGGCCCCGGAGGUCAUCUUGAAUUGGAUGCACUAUACGCAGACGGUGGACAUCUGGUCAGUGGGCUGCAUCAUGGCGGAGAUGCUCACUGGCAAGACGCUGUUCAAGGGCAGCGACCACCUGGACCAGCUGAAGGAGAUCAUGAAGGUGACCGGCACCCCACCUGAGGAGUUUGUGCAGCGGCUGCCGUGA